GUUUGGUUUGAGGCCCCAAGUAUAUAUCGCUCGCCACUCUCCGACAUUGGCCGCAACAUCUAUCGCUCCUCGUUCGUACUGGCUAAGCCUGUCCAAUAUCAAAUGCGUCUGUAAGUGCAUAUACACACUGUCCCCUCAUCCCCUCCAUCCCUCUCCUCUCCCUCCGUCAUCACCCCCUCUCCCUCUCAACCUCCUCUCACUCAGGGCCCGCGGGAGUAGAUGUAUGUAGCGCAUUGAGCAUCGCAGACCGUUGACGGACGUCGAGAUGAGGAGGGCGAGGCGUUCGGAGGUCUUCAAGCCCGUCGUGAAGUGAGUUUCUUUUCAAGCAAUCUGCGAGUGCCCCACGGCGAUCGCGCAAGAGGGCGCGUCGCUUUGGGGCAGGCUCGCUUUGGGGCACCCGAGAUCCGGAGAGCACCUUCAUUCCUCACCCAUCCUUUCACCUCUUGAGCCGCACACUAUCCAUUCCCGAGCGUGGGAUCGUUUUGUUUUCACCUCCUUCUCACCCAUCAAGGAAAACUGAACCCAUCAAGGCACGAGAUCUCAGGUGAGAGGCCAUCGGUUGGCACAAGAGGGGGGCGGGAUUGGCGAUGCUCAUUCGUCAGACUCUAGUGCAUCUAUACACCUUUGCCAUAUUUUUUCGUGUGUGGUUCUGCAGCGUGCAGUCAUGUUAGGAGGACUCUUGGAAGUGAUUCUCAUCGCCAUCACGGUGUGGUUGGUGAUGGCGAUUGCUAAGUUCCAAGUGUGGUUGGUGAUGGCGAUUGCUAAGUUCCUGGUCGCCCAUUUGCACAUGCCGUUCCUGUCCUUAGUGGCAUGCAUCCAUACCAUGGGUUCGGAAAUUGCCAGUUACUGGAAGGAAGCACAUAAGGUAGGAUGAGGUGAAGGGAGGGAGAUGAUGAGGCGAGCAAGGCGUCAGGGAAGGAAAAGGGUAGAAGAAAGUUGUCAAUUUUGUGUUCCCCUGCCCAUGCAGGAGCCAGCUAUGUACGUCCGGGAUGCGCUUCUUAUUGCCAGUAUCAUCGUACUGGUGAAGGCCAUCGUGAAGGCCAUCUCCCCGAAGAAAUAUCAGGUAAGAUGAUCAGACGCAUGCUUUCAUGGCGGGGUUGUCAACUAUGCCCUUUCUCUCCAUGUGUGUGCAUGCAGGACUUCGUGCGAUGGCUCGUGGGCUAUGUUCUCGUCAACUUACUGGUGAUGCUUGCGCGACUGUCAGGACUACCCACUCGGCUGACGCGUGAUGCGAAGUACUUCAGACGGUUUUUUGCACUGUUCGUCCCAUUUCCCAAGGAUGCAUUCGAAGAGUUGCCCACCGAUGGAACCUACAACUACUCGCUGGUCAAUGUGUGUGACACGGAGUUUUUCAUUGGCGGCCUCCCCUAUGACGAUGCCGAGGGCCUCUUCUCAGGAGAAAAAGGAUUCGAUGACGCCAACAAUGUCCACUUUGCGAGCCUCUGCGCUAAGCUGGCCUACGAGCACUGCGAUGUUGUGAAGGCGAUCGUUAAGAAGUGGGGGGGAUGGACCUUUGACGGUGUAUUUUUGUCUCCAAAGUGUGGCGAGGACGAGGUCCCUUACGAGACCGCUGCUUAUCUGAUCAGCAACGCCAACUGCCACCUUGUCAUCUUCCGCGGCACAAUGCCAUUUAGCCUCAUCCAGUGGUGGACUGACGCGCAGGUCACCUGGGAGGUCGUCAGGCUGCAAGAGGGGACUGAAGGGGAAGUGGUCUAUGUUCAUAAAGGCUUCAAGGAUGCGUUAGAGGGGCGUUCAGGUUGUCAAAAGCCAAGCGUCCGCGAGCUCCUCAAUGCAAAGCUGAGAGAAUUGGCCACGCCUGAGGCCUUGGCCAAGACUGAAGGAGACAAUCCGAAGCCGAAGCAUAUCUUUAUCACGGGGCACAGCUUGGGGGGUGCACUGGCUUCCGUGUACGCCCAUUCCCUCACCCUGCAGGACGAAGAGCUUAAGGACCGAGUGAAGGGCAUUUGUACCUUCGGCCAGCCGCGCGUCGGUGGCGAGUCGUAUAUCGCGAGGUUCAAUAGGUUCUUUGGGGAGAUAUGCCUGCGGUAUGUGAAUGACAGUGACAUCGUCACUCGCCUUCCCUUGAUGGACUGGGGCUACAAGCACCACAAGAGCAAGCGCUUCAUUUCGGGCAUGACGCGCGAGACCAUCGCUGACCGCCAAGAAAUCGAGAGAGAGCACUCAUACUACUCGAACUGGAUCCUGGUUUGGCUGGUCUGGUUUCACAAACUCCAGUGCAGCCUUUUGUCCGAGUCGUUCUUCCGGAUCGUGACGCGCGUCUUCAUUUGAAAUUGUGUGUGUGACCACUUUCCGUGCGACUAUGAGCGGGCACUGAGGAAAGCGAUCAGGAAGAAAGUGAUCGGUCUCUUGAGCGACUAUGUGAGGGAUUUGACCAACGCGGUAAGGAUGCCUCACGGAUUCUCUAUAGAUAAAGAGGCGAGCAAAACCUGGCUUGGUCAUGUCAUGUCUCGUAUUUUGUUGUAUGUGUCGUUGGGCAGAAUAUCAUACAACUAAUGCAGUGGUUCAAAGGAGUGUAGACCGACUGGUUUCCACAAGGAAGGAGGUCAUUUUUUCUUUGUAAGGUAGGCUUUCUGUAUGUGAUUGCCUCAGUGAGCUCUUUUUUCUCUUAAGUGUUAAGUGUGUGCCGGGGUGUUUGUAGUUAGUGAGUAUCUGAACGAAGAGCGCAUGAGUGAGAGCGAGAGAGUAUGACCACCACAGUCUGCAGUAUUCAGCAGUAUUCAGAAGCUCUUUGGUCAACAAUCACUGAUCUCGCUUUUUUCUGCCACUUUGUCCUGUGAUGGUCUUUCUCUCUUCCCUCCCUCCUUUCCUGGCUUACUUUGAUCCCCUCUCUGCACGUACAUGGGCAGUAUGCAUUGGCUUUUUCUACUGUGGAGGCUCUUUUUUCUCUCACCCUUCUGGUUCUGGCGUCUGCCUUGCAUGGGGACUUUAAUCUAGUCUGUCUUGCCUCUUCUUUUGCUGAUUGAUCGGUCCGUCCGAUCGGCACCUUCAAGGUAUGAAUGCACCUUCUUCAUUUGUACAUGUAACUCGAGGCAUACUGCGAGGUUCCCCUUCUGCUCAAGUGACUCACUCUCUACCUCUUGAAGUCAUCCUUAUGUCUUGCCUUUGUAGUCUACCGGUAAGGCCAGAGAAAGCCCUAAACCCUGAAACAAACUUGUUCUGCAUGAUCUAUGGAACUCAUCGGAAGUGGAAAAUAGAGAGAGUUACAAGGAAGUAAG